UUAACCGGAUCAAAAUGUAUCGCUCUGUAAUAAAUAAAUAAAGAAUAAUUGAAAAACAAUAUAAUUUUAUAUAAUAACUUCAAAAUUUUAUUUCAAAUUUCAUUAUAAUUUCUGUAAAGAAAUAGUUAAUUUUUGCUUUUGAAGAGUAAUCCAAUCAAAGAUUAUAUUAACGAUGGAUCAGAUAGGUGAAGCAUUAAAUGACUUACUUAAAGUCGAACCUAUUGAAGAGUUUUUGGGUGUUAUAGUUCAUAAGGCCACAGGGGAAUCCGAGAAAAGUGAGGUGUUUAUAAAUAAUAUAGUCAAGGCAUUUUCAUCUUUAAAUCCAGAAACAAAAGAAUUAGCGAUAAUUAAAAUUCUACGUGCUGCAACUACCAGUAAUUUAAGUCACUUAAGGGUUCUAAUGGAAACAUUACACAAACUGACAACUUCAAAUUUAAUAUCAGCCAGAAUAAUGUGUAACAAAAUUUUAACAUGUGACAAACUAGUUUAUGAAAAUAAGAGCUUUUGGAUUGAAUGUUUUACUUUAAUUAAAAAGAUUAUAACAAAUGUUGAUUACAAAGGUGUUCGGGAGAUUAUGAAGGCUUGUAGAGACAAAGCGUUAUUAUUUCCAGUUAAUAUUGAUGGUAGCAUUUUGCCGCAACUAUUGAUAUUAGAGGAGACUAUUAGUUUUAUAUUUGACCGUAAUAAUUGUCUUUUACCAGCAUAUUUUGUUGCCAAUGAAAUCAUGAAAUCUUCUCAAUCGCAUUGGAAAAUAAACAAAUUAAUGAUUGAUUUUGUGGAAGAAUUUCGUGAUAUUGCCCAAAUGGUAUCAAUCAUAGGUCACUCUAAUAUGUUACCUAUUACUGAACAUUUUGGCUAUGCAGAUCAUUUAAUGAAUUCAUGGAAAUUAGAUCAUAACACAUUAAAAUUUACAUUUAAAGGAAGUUUACCUUAUGAUCCAGAGUUAUUAGAACCACAAUCAGCUUUGUUGAGACAUGUUCUAGAUCAACCAUAUUCUAAGGAAAUGGUCACAACUAUGUUGAAUUUUCAAAAUAAACAAAAACAAUCUUGUAACGCUUUACAAGAACAAUUAGUAAAUCUAAUGAUUAAAGCUAUGGAAAGGAGUGAAAUAGAUGAAAAGCUAUGCAAAGAAGAAAUGAUUGCACAAAAUGAAUGGAUUUGGUUACAUUUAUCGUCGCAAUUAAUUUACUUUGUCCUUCUGCAAAUGGUUAGCUUUAUGCAAGUUGUAAUAUCUUUAAAUGAUAAGUUAUCAAAAUGUGAGCUAAGAAAAGGCAGAGAUCAGUUAAUGUGGACUUUAUUACAAUUUAUAUCAGGAAGCAUACAAAAAAAUCCAAUUUCUACAUUUUUGCCUAUGUUCAAAUUAUUUGAUAUUCUAUAUCCGGAACAAGAGCCUUUAAAAUUACCUGAUUGCAAUAAACCAUCUUCAAUUAGACAGAUGGCACCCAUUUGCAUAUGGAUCCACUUGAUGAAAAAAGCACGUUUGGAAAAUAUUAAUAUUUGUCGUUCAGUUCCUAUCGCUUUAAGGAAUCACCAUGAGUAUCUGCAGCAUUUAGUUAUGUCGAAUUUGAAUCAUACAAUUAGCUUAAAUACAGAUUUUCGUAUCAUAUUAUUAGCAAAUGCUUAUUCAACUAACCAGGAACAUUUUACUCGUCCAAUGCAAAUUUUGGCUGAAAUGUUAAAUGGGAGUCAGAAAAACCAAUCAGUUAAUCCGGCUAACAUGCAGUUACCAACUCAACCAUUCUCAAUGGUCAUCUUAGACAGUUUAACAGUGCACAGUAAAAUGUCGUUGAUACACAAUUUUGUAACAACUUUAAUUAAAAAUGCCCAAAAUAAAACAACAACACCUGCACCGGCUCUAAUUGAAACUUAUUCUCGCCUUUUAGUUUACACAGAAAUUGAAUCUCUUGGUAUCAAAGGAUUUUUAAAUCAGCUAUUUCCUGCAGUAUUCAAGUCACAUGCAUGGGGAAUAUUACAUACUCUUUUGGAAAUGUUUUCAUAUCGUCUUCAUCAUAUACCAACACAUUGUCGGGUUCAACUUUUAAGUAAUUUACAUAGCGUUACAUCUGUACCACAAACAAAUAAAAUGCAAUUAAAUUUAUGUUUUGAGUCAACGGCUUUACGGUUAAUUACUGGACUAGGUUCAGUUGAAGUUCAGCCUCAGUUGUCUCGAUAUUUCAAUGAAAAAACACCGGGAUCAGUCGUUUCAAGUGAAAGUGAAGAGCUAAAUCGUGUUUUAAUAUUAACAUUAGCGCGUUCAAUGCACAUUACCGGAUCUGGGAAUGAGCUUCAAGCCUGGUGUAAAGACUUAUUAACUAAUAUAAUGCAAAACACGCCACAUUCUUGGGCAUCACAUUCUUUGUCAUGUUUUCCUCCAGCUUUGCAAGAGUUUUUUACCCAAAACAGUAUUCCAUUAGAAAACAAACAACUAUUAAAAAAAUCUGUAGAUGAAGAAUACCGUAGCUGGAUAUCAAUGUCUAAUGAAAAUGAUAUUAUUGCUCACUUUAUUAGACCAAAUACUACACCUCUGUUUUUAUGUCUUCUAUUCAAAAUGAUAUGGGAAACUGAAAAUAUAAGUCCUGUUGCAUAUAAAAUAUUAGAAGGAAUAAAUACUCGUGCGUUUUCAGCUCAUCUUCGUAAACUUUGUGAUUACUUAGUAUAUGAAGUUGCAAAUUUAAAUAGUACCAAGGAUUUCAUUCACAAAUGCGUAGAUACAAUUAAUAAUAUGAUAUGGAAAUAUAAUGUGGUAACUAUUGACCGUUUGGUUUUAUGUUUAGCUCUUCGAACUCAAGAAGGAAACGAAGCCCAAGUUUGUUUCCUAAUUAUCCAAUUACUUUUAUUAAAAACUUCUGAAUUAAGAAAUCGAGUUCAAGAGAUAGUAAAAGAUAAUUCACCAGAUCAUUGGAAACAGAGUAACUGGCAUGAAAAACAUUUAGCGUUUCAUCAAAAAUUUCCAGAAAAAUUCGCGUCGGAUGAGUCGGCUUCACAUCCACCGCUACCAGUUUAUUUUGGAAAUGUAUGUUUAAGAUUUUUACCAGCAUUGGAUAUUGUAAUACACCGGUUCAUCGAGCUGCCGAUACAACAUGUCAGUCAAAUACUAGAGGGUAUUCUCGAUCAUUUAAGUUGUUUAUAUAAAUUUCAUGAUCGACCAAUAACUUAUCUAUAUAGCACCCUACACUUUUAUGAACGAAUCCUUCGAGAUAGACCAUCUUUAAAAAGAAAAUUAGUAAGUUCCGUAAUAGGCGCUUUAAAUGAUGUGAGACCUCCAAAUUGGGCUUUGAGUGAAAAAUAUCAGCAAUAUUUGAAAAGUCAAGAUAUUUUGUGGAAUCCAGAGUUACCAUAUUAUUAUUAUCUGGUAAAAAGACUUGUUGAUGCGAUAAGUGGUCAAAAUUAUUUUUAUAUGACGGAUUGGCGUUUCAAUGAGUUUUUAAACGCACCAUGCCACGCUCUUUAUGUGACAUGCGUUGAAUUAUUAAGCUUACCGAUUGCACCAACAAUUGUUGCAAAUAACCUUAUAGAUGUUAUUGUUAAAGGGAGCUCUCUUCUACCACAAACAGAAAUAUACAGUUUUAUAAAUGCAACAGGGAUUAUAAUGUCAGCUUUACCAGAAACAUAUUGGAGCACGAUAUAUGAUCGAAUACAGGAAAUUUUGAAUAGCCACAAAAUGCUGAAUUGGCGUUAUAGGUAUUCAGCUUUUGAAUUAUUUAACUUUAAGACUGUUCAAGAAUCGAUGUUGGAAAAUACUUAUGCAAGCGUUUUAGCUGUGAUUCAUUCAAUUUUCCAUCACAUGGGCUGUUUUAAGUUAGCUACAAUAACUCAUUACAUCAAAGAAAGAUUAAGGCCACUAAUUAAAACUGAACAUCAAUAUAUUUAUUUGUGUCAUAUAGUCGGACCAUUUUUGCAGCGGAUUGAUUAUGAAAAAACAAAUUCAGUGGCAGAAAUUGCUAUUGUUUUAUAUGAGUUACUAGAAGUAGUCGACAAAAAUCAUGGGCCAAAACCUUUAGAAUAUAUGGAUCCUAUUUGUGAUUUUCUUUAUCAUAUAAAAUACAUAUAUGUUGGUGAUAUAAUUAAAAAUGAAUCUGAGGCAGUCAUUAAACGUCUAAGACCAGCAUUGCAAAUGCGUCUCAGAUUUAUUGCCCAUAUUAACGUUGAAGAAAUUGGUUCCGAAAAAAGUAUUGAACCAAAUCAUCAACAACUUGCGAAUAUUUUGCAAAAUCAAAUUAUUAAUACACAGCACCAACAGCCGCAUCAACAAUCCCAUCCGCAACCUCAUCCACAACAACAUCCUCAACAACACCCGCAACAGCCUAUACAACAACAGCAACAACAACAACAGCAGCAGCAACAACAGCAGCAGCAACAACAGCAGCAACAGCAUCAACAGCAGCAGCAGCAACAGCAGCAACAACAACAGGUACAACAAACACAACAGAUGCAACAUCAACAGCAUCAACAGCAACCAUCUCCAAAUCCUUCACAGAUGAAUCAACAACAAAUGCUGAAUGUGCAUUUACAGCAGCAACAACAACAGCAACAACAACAAAAUAUUAGACCUCAUCAGUAUAUUCCCCAACAGCAGCAAGUUCACAAUCAACCUCACCUACAGCAAAUGUUACAGCAACAACAAGCUUACGUUCAACAACAACAGCAACAGAAACAUUUACUGAUGCAACAGCAACAACAACAGCAUAAUAUGGGAAUGAGACAUAAUUAGAUUUUACUAAGACAUAUUUUUAUCAUUUUUUUCUAAAGUAGUUAAAUAUUUAUACUUAAGAGUAGUUGUACGUUAAUAAUAAAAUAAUUUUUACUGUGGAA